UUGUUUAGGAAAACCGAUGAUUCGAGUUCUGAUUCCACUGAUCAGAUUUACGAAAGCUUGGAAGCGAUUCAUGUGUUUGCACUAGCCCAUGUACUGAAAAGGCCUAUAAUAGUAGUGUCGGAUACGGUACUUCGUAAUGCCAAAGGAGAAGAAUUGUCACCGGUCUCGUUUGGAGGAAUCUAUUUACCCCUAGAAUGCCCGUCAGAACAAUGUCACAGGUCUCCGCUGGUAUUGUGCUAUGAUUCGGCGCAUUUCUCACCAUUAGUUCCGAUGAGGCAUGACUCAUCGCAAAUGCGUGAGUUGUUUGAUGAGAUCAUCCCGAUAACAGACAUCAAUAGAAAUCUACUCCCUGUGCAUUUUGCUAUCGAUCCUGGACCAGAUUUUAGUUGGUGGAGCGAUGAUGACGAUGCAUCGAUGGCGGCGCGGCUUGCGAUGACAGAUGGCGAUAAACUAGCGCUAUUGAGCGAAUACAUGGAUCUGGUGAAAAUGGACGUGCGAAGGGGAAGUGUGAAGAAAACGAGACCAAUCCGUACCACACAGUCAUCAACAGGAGGAAUGGAUAAAAGUAUGACAUUGGCUAGUAGCGGUUAG